AAAUAUUGAUUCAUUGUUUAAUUUUAAAUUCUAUAUUUUGAAAAAAAGAUGGCGGCAAGUUUACAUUCUGAAAUAGAAAAUGGUGGUAUCGGAACAAUUGAUGAAGCAAUUAACGAAGAAAUGAAAGCAAUAAACCAAGAAAUCGAGGCGGCUGAAUUCGAAAUUGCGAAACAACAAAUUAAAGUAUUUAAACCUAUUUACGAAAAAAGAAAAAAAGUUUUCAAGAAAAUCCCGAAGUUUUGGUCACAAGUACUUACGAAGCAUAUUUUUGUUGCGCAAUAUUUGGUUAACGACGAUGAUUCGGUUGUUCAAUAUAUUGACGACAUAACUGUUGAAAAGGAUGAAAAUUCGUUAGAAAGUUUCAAAAUUAUCUUGAGUUUUUCUGAGAAUGAAUAUUUCAAAAAUAAAGAACUUGUAAAGGAAUUUAUUGUUGACGCUGAUGGGCAACGUAAGAUAAAAAGCACGCCAAUUGACUGGAUCGAGGGCAGAGAUUAUACAAAAAAACGUAAAGUUGAUGAAGAAGAGGAUGAAAGUUUUAUUAAAUGGUUUUCUGAAGAAAACACUGACGAUAGUUCUUGGGAAUUAGGAAGAAAUUUCAGAGAUGAAGUUUAUCCUCAAGCCUGGAUGAUUUAUGUGACAGAUGUGACAGAAGAUUAUGAUGAAGAAGACGAAGAAGAAGGUGUCAAUCAAGAUUUUGAUGAAGAAGAGUCGGAAGAAGAAGAGUUGGAAGUGCCUAAUAAGCGUGCAAAGCAUAAUUAAUAAGAAAAAGCAAUUAUUGUAACUAAUUUUAAAUUGUUGUUUACAUAUUUCACAAUUCUGAAAAUUUGAGAUUAUUUAUUCAAGAAACAAUUCUGAGAAUUGAGAUUAUUUAUUCAAAGAAAACAAUUACUUAAAAUUUCUUUUUACGCUAUUUAUUACUUUUGAUAUCCAUGUCUUAUUUAAAUGUUAAUUUAUUUAUUCUUGUAUUUUAAUGGCUAAACUUGUAACCAAG